AUGGGUGUCCAGUUUAUCGAAAAUACCAUUAUCGUUGUCUUUGGUGCGUCUGGAGAUUUAGCCAAGAAGAAGACUUUCCCCGCCCUGUUUGGACUAUUCAGGGAGGGCCAGCUCUCAGAAACAACCAAAAUCAUUGGGUUUGCUCGAUCAAAACUAUCAAAUGAUGACUUGAGGAACAGAAUAAAGCCGUACUUGAAAUUGAACAAGAGAACAGAUGCUGAAAGGCAGUCUCUGGAGAAGUUUCUGCAGAUUCUCGAGUAUCACCAGUCAAACUACGACGACAGUGAAGGUUUUGAAAAAUUGGAGAAGCUAAUCAAUAAGUACGACGAUGAGGCAAACGUGAAAGAGUCUCACAGGUUGUACUAUUUGGCUUUACCACCGUCUGUCUUUACAACCGUUGCAACAAUGUUGAAAAAACAUUGUCAUCCAGGUGAUUCUGGUAUUGCUAGGCUAAUUGUCGAGAAACCCUUUGGCCAUGACUUGAGCUCGUCCCGUGAGCUACAAAAGUCUUUAGCUCCACUUUGGAAUGAAGAUGAAUUGUUUAGAAUUGAUCAUUAUUUGGGCAAAGAAAUGGUUAAGAAUUUAAUUCCUUUGAGGUUUUCAAAUACGUUUUUGAGCAGUUCUUGGAACAAUCAAUUUAUUGACACCAUCCAAAUCACUUUUAAGGAGAACUUUGGAACUGAAGGACGUGGUGGUUACUUUGAUUCCAUUGGUAUAAUAAGAGAUGUUAUCCAAAAUCAUUUGUUACAAGUCUUGACUAUUGUUUUGAUGGAAAAACCAGCGGAUUUUAAUGGAGAAUCUAUCAGAGAUGAAAAGGUUAAAGUGUUAAAGGCAAUUGAACAAAUUGAUUUCAAUAAUGUGUUGGUAGGUCAAUAUGAUAAAUCUGAAGAUGGUAGUAAACCUGGUUACUUGGAUGAUGAUACCGUCAAUCCAGAUUCUAAAGCUGUCACUUAUGCUGCCUUAGUUUUAAAUGUGGCAAACGAAAGAUGGAAUAAUGUUCCGAUCAUUCUAAAGGCAGGCAAGGCCUUGAAUCAAUCCAAGGUGGAAAUUAGAAUCCAGUUCAAACCAGUAGAAAAUGGAAUCUUCAAAAACUCUGCUAGGAAUGAGUUGGUUAUUAGGAUCCAACCAAACGAGGCAAUGUAUUUGAAAAUGAACAUCAAAGUACCUGGUGUUUCCAAUCAAGUGUCGAUUUCAGAAAUGGAUUUGACUUACAAGAAUAGGUAUUCCUCCGAAUUUUACAUUCCAGAAGCUUAUGAAUCUUUGAUUAAAGAUGCCUUAAUGGAUGAUCAUUCAAAUUUUGUUAGAGACGAUGAAUUGGACAUUUCAUGGGCUUUGUUCACUCCAUUACUAGAACAUAUCGAAGGCCCCGAUGGUCCAACUCCAACCAAGUAUCCUUACGGUUCCAGAGGUCCAAAGGAGAUUGACGAAUUUUUGAGAAACCAUGGUUAUGUAAAGGAACCAAGAGAAAAUUACCAAUGGCCAUUAACUACUCCUAAAGAAUUGAACAGUUCAAAGUUUUAA